AUGGCGUCAGUUUCAUCCAAAAUAUUCGCCAUUACUGGCGGUGCGUCUGGGAUCGGAGCAGCUACUUGUCAUCUACUCGCGCGGCGAGGGGCGGCUGCCCUUUGUAUUGGUGACCUUUCAAACGAGAACAUGAAGCAAUUAGAGAAGUCUAUCAGAGAAAUCAACCCAGAAACAAAGGUUCAUUGCACGGUACUGGAUGUAUCCUCAUCAUCUGAGGUUGAUAAAUGGGUCAAGGACAUCAUCUCCACCUUUGGGGACCUUCAUGGGGCGGCCAACGUCGCAGGCAUUGCCCAGGGUGCUGGUAUGCGACAGAUUCCAACACUUCUUGAGGAGGACGAUGAGCAAUGGAAGAAGGUGUUCCAGGUGAACCUCGACGGCAUCCUAUAUGCCACUCGGGCUCAAGUCCGGGCCAUGAAGGACUCUUCAUCCACUUCACCAGGUGACCGCAGCAUUGUCAACGUUGCUAGCAUAGCAUCUAUGGCCCACAUGCCGGAUGUCUUUGCUUACGGGACUUCAAAAGCUGGAUGUGCAUAUUUCACCACCUGUGUAGCGCAAGAUGUUAUACCACUUGGUAUACGAGCUAAUACCGUUUCCCCAGGAAUCACAAGAACGCCAAUGCUACCUCGCUUUGUGCCUAAUGCAAAAACACAAGAGGAAGUUGAAGAGACGUACAAGAAAGAAGGAUUUUCUGUCAUUGAGGCUGACGACGUUGCCAGAACAAUUGUGUGGCUACUGAGUGAAGACUCACGCCCUGUCUUCGGGACCAAUAUCAACGUUGGCGCAUGUAUGCCCUGA